UUGCGCCGCCGCCGCCGCUCGGUGGCUCUCGGAAAGCGGGGGCCUCCCCCCCCCUGCUGCCCAACUAUGGAGGCCCCCUUAACCUCCUCCGGAAAGCCACUCAGGGGGAGCGCCCUCGGGCACACGCACACAAACCCAGGGGGCUGUACUGUAAUUUUUCAAAAAAUGAAAUAAGGAUUUUACUUGGCGAACCUGUUCAGGCUGGACCUCAGCUGGCGCUACUAUCAAUAUCUGGUGAUAGAAUCGAGCAGGGGCCCCAACUUGAAUAAAAUAUUGUGGGGGAGGCUGGCAUGGGCGUAGGCCAGAUUUUUUUGGGGGGGGAAGAACCUCAGUUAAGUAUUUUUAUUGAUUUAGGGGGGCAUCUGCUCCCCCCCACUACCCCCAUAGGCCCUGGUAAGCCUCACUCCACAUAAUCACAAGACGCUGUGCUUGCACACCGUUUGAAUGGCAGUGCCCAUUAACUUUUGGGGGGGGGCGUUAGAGAAAUGAGGAAAUAAAACUGAAGACGCUAUUUAUUUUUUUAUCCAUGGCAGUAUGUGCUACAAUGGUUCAGAAGUGGAAGGACUGCAUUGGAGAGGGCUGGUAGGGUUAAGCCAGAAGCCUUUGGGGUGUUUUGGAGAGAUCUUAUGGAAUAUAUGAUUAGGGCAAAGCUGCUACACUGCUUGACAGCCUCUACAGACCCUUUGUGUACAAACCAGACAGGAUUUCUAGGCAACCCUGCUGUUUCAGCUAGUGUGACAGAUGCAUCUUCAUUAAAAGAAAACUGUCCUGACAUAGUCUCUAGUGAGCCCAUCCUACGGAAAUGCAGCAUUGGCAUCCCCAAACACCUUUCACCUGUUCAGGCCUGGGUAGAGUCCCUAAAGCAUUAUGACGCCAGCCACGUGGGCUUGACAGAUUUGCAUCCUGAUGUGUUUGCAGUAAUGCCCCGCAUUGAUAUUCUACACACAGUGGCCAUCUGGCAGAAGAACUUCAAGAGAAUUAGUUAUGCCAAGACAAAGACUCGCGCGGAGAUGCGUGGUGGCGGCAGAAAACCUUGGGCACAGAAGGGCAGCGGACGGGCCCGGCAUGGCAGUAUCCGGUCACCUUUGUGGCAUGGUGGUGGUGUUGCCAGUGGCCCUCGUGGUCCCACCAGCUACUACUACAUGAUCCCCAUGAAAAUGCGUGUCCUGGGACUCAAGGUGGCAUUGACAACCAAACUGGCACAGGAUAAUCUGCGUGUUGUAGACUCUCUAGAUAUGCCAACUUCUGACCCACAGUAUCUGAUGGACCUGGCCCGCUACAGACACUGGGGAGAAUCAGUGCUGAUUGUUGAUGUCAAUGACUUAUCUGAGAACAUCAGAGAUGCAACGAGAGGCCUUAAAACCAUCACGGUGCUGCCAGCCAUAGGUCUCAAUGUGCACAGUAUGCUGAAGUAUGAGACCCUUGUACUAACCCUGGAUACAAUUGCCUUCCUGGAAAAGAAGCUGCUGUUGCAUGACUCGCGAUACAGGCUGCUGUACCCUUUGCAGUUGCCCUAUAGAGACUUCCCAUAACAUUUAUGGAGAAUGUGGACUGAACAGCUGUGAACUAGACACCUCUCACUCCUUGCAUCCUUGGAAAAGUUUUUCCCCACCUAAAAUGAACAUUAAAGCUAAGUUGUCUUCCCAG